UAACCCAGGGCUGUAUCACCCGGAAGUGCAGCAACUGCUGCUGUGCCCCUGGCAGCUGCUGUAGCGGCCUUUGUCUGCAGGCCACAGGCGAUCUGCCGAGAUGGCGAGCGCAGGUGCACCUGCGGCCGCGGUCUCCACCCUGACUCCGCCUUUGGAGCAGCUCCGGCUUUUAGCCGGGGAGCUGCGGUUGCUCUUGCCUGGAGUGCGGGUCGGCGAAGCCCGGGAGACCACCAAGGAGUUCAAUCGGAAGACGUUUUGGAGAAGUCUCAAUGAGGCAGCUGUGAAAGUGUCAAGGGAAGCCACAACCCUGACAGAAGUCUUCUCUAGACUUCCACUGCCACUGCCGUCCUCACAGGAAACCCAGAGGUUCUGUGAACAGGUCCGUGCUGCCAUCAAGGCAGUUAUUGCAAUAUAUUACUCACUUCCCAAGGAUCAGGGAAUCACCCUGAGAAAGCUGGUUCGGAGCGCCACUGUGGACAUCGUCGAUGGCAUGGCUCAGCUUGUGGAAGUGCUUUGCAUCACUCCAGCUCAGAGGCCCGAGAACAAUGACCUGAUUUCCUAUAACAGUGUCUGGGUUGCGUGCAGGCAGGUGCCUCGGAUACCAAGAGAUAACAAAGCUGCAGCUCUUUUAAUGCUGACAAAGAGCAUGGAUUUAGUGAAGGAUGCACAUGAGGAAAUGGAGCAGGCUGUCGAAGAAUGUGACCCUUACCAUGGGCUUUUGAAUGACAUUGAGGACAACUCUGACAAUCACAGUGAUGUGCUGGGGUAUCCAAAUAAUCAGGACUUAUAUUGGUCAGAGGAAGAUCAAGCGCUCAUAAUCCCGUGCCUUGCGCUGGUGAGAACAUCCAAAGCCUGCCUGAAGGAAAUCCAGAUCUCAGUGGCACAGAAUGGGAAGAAGGAUCAGGUGGCCCAGCUGGAUGACAUUGUGGAUAUUUCUGAUGAGAUCAGUCCUAGUGUGGAUGACUUGGUUCUGAGCAUAUAUCCACCUAUGUGCCACCUGACUGUGCGAAUCAAUUCUGCAAAACUUGUGUCCGUUUUAAAGAAGGCACUUGAAAUUACAAAAGCGAGUCAUGUGACCCCACAGCCAGAAGAUAGUUUGAUCCCCUUACUCAUCAAUGCCACUGAUCACUGCAUGAACAGAAUCAAGGAACUCACUCAGAAUCAACUUGAGUUAUGAGUUUUCAGGCUCAUUUGUCUUCUCUCCCUUUCCUACUGUUAACAGCAAGGCUCUGAUAUCUGCUUUUAAAAUGGGGCUAGAAUGCUUUUUGGAUUGAAAAGGUGUUCCUGUUGAUACUUAUCAAGAGACAUUAUUACUAAAGAUUGUUGGCUAAGCCAGACUUGCAAUUAUUUAUAAACCAUAUGAGUAUGAUAUAUUUUUCUGUGCUAGAUACAAAAGAUAAUAGCGUGAGUUUGUGUUCCUGAAUCACCUCUCAGAGAUUCCUGGGGAAGCUGCCUUAUUCCCUAAUUUCAAUAAAGUGUGUUGUUUCUUUGUUAAA